AUGCAAAUACAGUACUGCUUUGAAAACAUAAGCAGGUCCUGCGAAAAAAAUACUUGGGGAAAUAAUAUAAAAAUUCCAAUGUAUAUCUUUAUGGUAAGCACCAUCGUAACCACAAUUGCUGGCAAUCUGGCUGUCAUUAUCUCCAUCGCCCACUUUAGGCAACUUCAUACCCCAACAAAUUUUCUUAUACUCUCAAUGGCCAUUGUAGACUUUCUGCUUGGAUGUCUUGUUAUGCCAUAUAGCAUGAUAAGAUCUGUGGAGAACUGCUGGCAUUUUGGAGAGCUAUUUUGCAAAAUCCAUUCUAGCACGGACGUUAUGCUCAGCACAGCAUCAAUUUUCCACCUAUCGUUCAUUUCUGUGGACAGAUACUACGCUGUGUGUGACCCUCUAAAAUACAAUAUAAGAAUGAACAUAUUUAUAGUACUUCUUAUGAUUACCAUCAGCUGGAUAGUCCCAGCAAUUUAUGCCUUUGGUAUGAUUUUCCUGGAGUUGAAUAUUAGAGGUGCAGAAACGUACUAUUAUCAUAAUGUCAGCUGUGUCGGAGGAUGCUUUCUGUUCUUUACUGAAAUGUCGGGAGGAAUUUCCACUGUGGUAUCUUUCUUUAUUCCUGCAUUUGUUAUGAUUUGUGUUUAUGGAAAAAUAUAUAUUAUAGCCAGAAGGCAAGCAAGAUCAAUCAAAGAUGCUACAAAUCAGUUGCAAUUCCACAUGACACUCGACGGAAGAAAACAUUUCUCUCGAAGUAGGGAAAGAAAAGCAGCAAAAACAUUGGGGAUAAUAAUGGGGGUAUUUCUCAUUUGCUGGACUCCUUUCUUUUUCUGCAUUGCUGUUAAUCCGUUUCAGAACUAUGUUAUACCAUCAAUUACUGUGGACGCUUUUAUGUGGAUUGGAUACAUGAAUUCUAUUUUCAACCCAAUGAUCUAUGCUUUUUUCUACACAUGGUUCAGAAGAGCAUUGAAAUUGAUUUUAUUGGGCAAGAUUUUUAGUCUGGAUUCUUCUAGAACUAUACUGUAUUCCGAAUAA